UAUACGAGGGAAGAAGGGAACGGAAGAUACAUAAUCAGCAAGAAAAUAAAAGAUAGGGUACGUUGGUCGAGUUGGAGCUGUGAGACUUCCGGCGGGCCUAUAUAUACGAGGGAAGAAGGGAACGGAAGAUACAUAAUCAGCAAGAAAAUAAAAGAUAGGGUACGUUGGUCGAGUUGGAGCUGUGAGACUUCCGGCGGGCCUAUAUAUACGAGGGAAGAAGGGAACGGAAGAUACAUAAUCAGCAAGGAACAGGAACAGGCAUUGGUCUACACUCCAACACACCGAGCCGAUGAUUCCAUCAAAGAAGAAGAACAAUUUGAACGCAACGAGCUGAGCAUUGACAUUCCACCGGAGCCAAAGGAGCCUCGUGGUUGGCCUGAUGAGUUGUGUAUCUACAGGGUUCCAAAAAGACUUCGCGAGGUCAGAAAAAGGGCCUACACCCCUCAGCUGGUAUCUAUCGGCCCUUUUCAUCGCUACAUGAGAAAAGAGUCGAAGGACAUGGAGAACCAAAAACUCAUAUAUUUUUUGGAUUUCUGUAAUCGUACUGGGAAGAACAACAAGGAUCUUGCACUCAUCAUCCAGCGCAACGAAGACAGAAUCCGCCGGUGCUAUUCAGAAGACUUUCGACUCAGCUCUAAAGAGUUUGUACAGAUGAUUAUACUGGAUGCUGUCUUUAUACUUGAGCUCUUCUACAGGAAAUUUAUACUUGAGAAUCCCCAAAAAUUCUCUGAAUCUGAAAAAUUAAAGGCUAAAAAAGAUUAUAUAUUAAGUCGACCGUGCAUAGAACGCAGCAUACAGCAUGACCUGCUUCUACUUGAGAAUCAGGUUCCUUUCUUUCUUCUUGAGGAGUUAUACCAAAAUGGAGAACCCAGUACAAAAAAACCGACUCUUCGUAAGCUCUCUUGUGGGUUUUUUGGUGAUCUCUAUCAUAGUUGGAAGCCAGAGUCCAAGAAGUCAUGUUUCACAGAUUGGGUGGAAUGUUUUUUCUGUCUAACAAAAACAGAAGAGCCCAAGAACGAUAAAGUACUAAAGCAUAUCACAGAUUUGGAUAGCCGUUUUGACCUUGCAUGGAGCCAAAGCUCACUAAACUCCAUUGAAGUAAAGCAUUUCACAGAUUUGGUGAGAUGUUUUUUCCGUCCACUAAACCGAAAACAAGAAGGGCCGAAACCAAACAAAAGUAAAAGAAUUAAACCCCUAUACACCGCAACAAAGAUUGACGAGGCAGGGUUGAAAUUCACUACGCCAGAUUCAGAAAGAGAUUUACUUCAAAUACAAUUUCGGGAGAAAAAUUGUGCAUGCUUAAUAAAAUGCUGCCCGGGGCUCAAUCUCUCAUGGCUCUUGUCUUGCUUACCAUGCCUGAAACGCACUUGCUUGGUGCACAUGCAAUGUUUCUUGGAAAUCCCACCCCUUCGGGUGGAUGACAAAACUGAAUGUCUUUUCCGAAACCUGAUGGCCUUGGAGCAGUGCCAUUAUCCAUAUGAAACUUACAUCUGCGAUUACAUUGUGCUGUUGGAUGAUCUUAUCACAACUAAAGCAGAUGUAAGGUUGCUUGUUGAAAAGAAGAUCAUUGUUAACGAGUUAGGUUCCAGCGCUGCAGUGACGAAACUGGUUAACAACCUCGCCCAGGAGAUUGAAGAAAGUGGAAACCAUGAUUACGGCAAGCUCUGUGAAAAGCUAAAUGAUUAUUGUGAGAGAGAUUGGAAUCGUCUGGUGGGAACCUUGACGAGAGUGUAUUUCACAGACUUUUUCAAAGGCACUGCUACUGUUGUUGGAAUUAUUGUCCUGGUUCUCACUUUGUGGAAUUUCCAGAGGCUCUUUAGAUUGAGUGCUAGCAAGUACUAGAUAUGAAGCAUCUGUGCAUAUAUGGUACGUAUUUCUUGUUGGAGUGCUAGCUCAUUCAUAGGAUUUCUAAAUAUUUUUAACAUCAAUAAGUGGAGAGAGUCUGUCUGUCUGUCUGUAUUGAUGGAGCAAAUUAAGUUCUACGCUAUGUAACUAUUACCAGCAAAUUAAAUAAAGCCAAAUGCUGCUGCAUGGCAUUGAAUGUAUGUAGAAAUUGUCUUAAAGAGUCCAAUUUUUCUUCUA